AUGAACGGAAUAAGCCAUUUUCUGGGUGCUAGACACGCCGAUCCUGUCUCUUCAUCAAUGCCAGGCUCUUUUCCAAGAGAAAACAACGAUGCCAAUGCUAGGUCGCACUCCCAUAACUUUAAAGGCUUCCUCAAGUAUUUGUCUUUCGCUUUACUUAGGAUCCCAUUAUUUUUCUCAUACUGUCUAUUAUCUAUCAUUGUAUCGACAUUUACGUAUUUAAACAAGCUAAGUGACUUUGGUCUGCUCUAUAACAGAAAGACAACUGAUCAUGCUGUGGAAUUAAAUAUAUUGAUAGAAACUCUAUCAAACGAAUCUCUGUCUUAUAACUCCACCACAUACAACUUCGGUUCAAUUUAUAAUCCACAAUCACAAGGUAUUGUUUCUAAAUCGAUUGUGGAGAGUUAUACAUCACUUCUGAACUCGUGUACACAAAAUUUCAAGUUUGGCUUGAUUUAUAUUCAUGAUCCAGUAAAUGAUCAUUCCUUAAAAUUUGUUAACGAAAUUCUUUGCAACGAAGAAUUCGUACAUCUAAUCAAAAAAUAUCAAAUGCUCUAUUGGUUUGGUUCAAUAUUGACAUCCGAAGGGUUACAAGUUUCUAAUGCCCUAAAGUUUAGAAAACUUCCUGCAAUUGGAUUGCUCUGUUUGACAAAUUCUAAUAAGAUUGAGCUUGUUUACAAGAUUGAAGGUACCUUAAGAAGUUCGAAUUUUGCCAAGUUAGACAGGGUCCUUUCCAAAUACUAUCCACAGCUCAUGAUUCUACGACAACAAAAGAAAAAUACCGACAUGCACAGGCUAUUAAGAGAGGACCAGGACGCAAGAUUCAAUGAAUCAUUGAGAAUUGAUCGAGAACGAGAAAGACAAAGAAUUGAACAAUUAGAGAGAGAAAACGAGUUAGCAAAUAGAGAAAUUUUGAAAAAGCAAUGGUUACUCUGGAGGAAAACUCAAUUACAUACACCUACACAAGGAAGCUCAUGUCAAAUAGCCAUUCGUUUCAAUGGUACUGAAAGAACCAUCGAAAAGUUCGAUCCUAACGCACCUAUAGAGGAAAUAUAUGUUUUUGCAGACCUUUACAGGAAUAAAUUACUGGAUUCUGACGAAGUUUACGAUGAACCUCCACUGAACUAUCAACACAAAUAUGAUUUUCUAUUGGCAGCACCCUCUCCGCGUACAAUCCUUGAGCCUACCAUAUUAAUAAAGGAUGAGGCUACAAUAUACCCUUCAGGAAAUGUCGUCGUCGAAGACGUAGUAGAUUAA